AUCAAACACCCUAUAGGACUUUAGGGCAUGGUGAAGGGCUAAAACCCAAAACUCCACAGCAGAUAGCGGUUUCAAUAUGAGGUCUCUGAAACAGCCGCCGUUUCAGAUAGCGGUCUCAGUACUUCAACUCGUCCAAACCCGCGAGUUUCAUAGUUGACAUCCACUAAUCCUUGCGGGAUUUCAAACCCAGAUAACCAUCACGCUUCACCAAUUUUCCUAUACUGUUUAACGGAUACUCGUAGUCGGACUCAGCGGUUUCUCUUAUAUCGUCAUUUUCUGGCGAAACCCAUCGAAAAGAGGUGAAGCCAUCCAAAACUAGCGAUCUUUCCAAGGGAACCUUUGAAGAGCAAUGUCUUGCUUUGAAGGAAUUGCUAUCGACAAGUUUGAUGGGACAAAUUUUGAUUACUAGAAGAUGCAAAUAAAUGAUUAUCUGCAUAUCAUGGGCAAGGAGUUUCAUCUACCAUUGAUUGGAAAACAAGAAAGUAUGAAAGAAGAAGAUUGGAGGAUUCUUGACAGAAAAGUACUAGGGAUUAUUUGCUUGACUGUGUCAAGGAAUGUUUUUGACCAUGUGGCAAAUGAGAAGACAACAAUUGGUCUGAUGAAAACCUUGUCAAAUAUAUAUGAGAAGCCUUAUUUGAACAAGUUAUACCUUAUUAAUAAACUCAUGGAUUUGAAAAUGGCUGAAGGUGUGUCUUUUGCAGAACAUUUGAAUGAAUUCAAUAGGAUCGUUCAAAAGUUAUGCUUGGUGAAGGUACAAGAAAAUUGAAAAUUGAAGAUGUUAUAGAUGCAGCUUUUGCAUAAGAGAUUCACAGAAGACAUUUUGGUGUGACUUCUACUCCAAAUUCAAGCUUCAAAGUUGGAGAGAGAGGGAAAACUAUCAACAAAGCACCUCAUAAAGGCACAGACAACAAAGUGAAUGGGAGACGAUGAGUAGGCAAGGUGUUACACUCAUGUGUUACUGGAAUGGGACAACGAUGAGGGGACCACAUGGCAUUUCCUAUGAAGGUGCUGCACCAAAGCCCAUCCGAGUUGGCUAUGGGAUAACGCAUAAUGAGUUGGUUGAUAGGAUAUAUAGCGUUACCGGAUUCGACAAGCAAUCCUUCAAACUGAAGAUCAUAUGUAGGUAUCCGGCAUGUAGAGAAUACAUACCUGUGCCAAUAGAUGAUGAUGAGUCUAUAGAUAUCAUGUUUGACGUGGUACGACAACCGGGAACUAAUUGUCUAGAACUAUAUGUUGAAAGACAGCCACUGUGCAACCAUAAUUCAAUGAAUGCUCCAGAACCAACCAUUGUUGAUAACCAGAUGACAGAUGAGAUAGCCACAGAUGAUGCCCAAGUCGAUAGCUUUUUGGAUCCGGGACCAGUAGACAAUUCGAUUCUUGUUCUACAAAGUCAGCAUAGAUCUGAAGCCAUAUGGAUGGGGGAGGACCCUAGUGUGUUAACCUGUAGACAACGGCUGGCAGCAAUGAUGAAAGAUUGGCAAUUAGAUCCCCGUGUCCGUCAACUUAUCAUCAAGGCUGGAUUUUAUGGGGUAUAUAGGGUUGGAAUCUUACAAAUUGAUUGGCCCUUGAUUACGGCAUUGGUCGAGAGGUGGCGGCAAGAAACCCACACUUUCCAUUUUACUGUUGGUGAGAGUACUGUCACGCUACAAGAUGUAGCAUUGUUGUUAGGUCUACCAGUAAAUGGCUGGGUAGUGACUGGCAAUACUGAUCUCCAAUGGGAAGAUUUAUGUGAGGAGCUAUUAGGGCUCAGGCCGGACUCGAGUGUGCUCCAUGGCUCAGCCCUUAAGGUUAGUUGGUUGCGAACUCAUUUUCAAGAACCUCCAUCUGAUGCAGAUGAUGUUACAUUACAACGCUAUGCCAGAGCGUAUAUUUUAAGCUUGAUGGGUAGUGUUCUCUUUGCGGAUAAGUCUGGAGCCGAUGUCCAGUUGAUGUUCCUACCUUUUUUAAGAGAUUUGGCAAAUGUUGAGCAAUUUAGUUGGGGAAGUGCAGUACUUGCACAUUUAUAUAGAGAGCUUUGCCGAGCCAGCAAGAAAGGGGCCAAUGAGAUUUCUGGCCCUCUUGUUCUGUUGCAGAUAUGGGCAUGGGAACGCCUAGAUAUUAGCCGGCCAGAGAGGUUGGCAUAUAAAGGUCGAAAAUCAAUUAUACCAGAUAGAAAGGCAGAGGAGGAGAGAGGUUCCAUUGAAGGGGAUGCUAUUGUAGAUGACGAACAAUUACCAGCAGAUCCUUUAGGAUGCAGAUGGAAGGCAGCUGUGAUUCGUAGAGAUAAUCCCCACAGAGCACUCAUAUUUUACAGGGACCUGCUGGAUCAGCAAACAGAGAACCAGAUGAUCUGGCAACCUUAUACUUCUGAGCGUCUUGCAUCCUUACCAGAUUCCUUGCUCAGAGAUCAACAUGUGUGGCAGACGGUUGCUCCGCUUAUUUGUUUUGAUAUUGUUGAAUGGCAUCAUCCAGAACGAGUUCUACGCCAGUUUGGUCUUCGCCAAGAAAUCCCAGUGCCUUGUGAUACAGAAACAAAGCUGCAUAUAAUUGACAGGCGAGGAAAACAUCAUUAUGAUUGGAAGGCCUAUCACGGACAGUAUAUUAAAUUAUGGGAGGCUCGAGAGACGAACAUUGCAAUGGGCAAGUUAGAAGAACAGCCAAUGCAGUACCAUGAUCCUUACAUGGUGUGGUAUAGAAAUGUUACUCGACGUUUGAUCACCCCUCUCACCCAAAGGUCACAUAUGCGGUUUCAGCCUUCGAGUGGAACGUCACAUUUACUUGUACAAAGUUUGACAACUAUUCAUAAUCAGUGUGCAUGUGCACUUGAUUCUUUUACUAGUGAUGGAGCUAUGAAAUCAUUGGAGUGCAUUCAAACAACCUGCAUUCGAGUUUUGCAGAUGAUUGGAGAAACUCGACACCUGAAAGGAAAACAAUCAGUCAUUUCAACUAAACCAAUCACAAUCAUUCCAAGUUCUGCUAAUGAUGCUAACAAUAUAGAAAACCAACCACGCGACGGGUGUGCUUCUCCAUCUGUACAUAUGGUAACAGUUCUAACUAAAGCUCCAUUGGUCAGGGGACAUGGAAGAGGUAGAGGUAGAGGCCGUACCAGAGGCAGCAUCAAUGGUCGAGAUGGAGGUUACUGCAAGGUUCAAAGCGUUGUGGUAGAGACAUCUCCACAGUCAUCACUAUCAACACAUUCGACUUCAAAAGCCCUGCAGCCAGAUAACUGUUGGGAUAGACAGUUGCAUAUGAAAGACGUCGAGGUUGGCCCAAUGGUCGAACCAGUGGACUUGGUUUCUGCUGAAACUUCACCAGAGAGUGAGAAAGAAACAUGUGUGAGAGAAAAAUCACCAGUACAAUCAUUCCUGAUGUACAAGGAAAGUAAAAGAGACGCUGAUGUAUUGCCAUCAAUUAAACCGAUGCAUCUGUCGAAGGAGAAUGAAAUGGCACACUCCAUACGCAUACUAGAAUCGGAAGAGGAGGCAAUGCACCUUUCGGGCAAGGCAGAUCUUGAGAGAACAGCUGCUUUACCUAAGGUUGGAUCAAAAUCUGAAUCAUGUAAUCUUAGUCAUGAGCAGUCUAACCAUCCUACUUUUUCUAAGAAGAAACGGAAGCACAACAAAAGUGAUUUGUAGCUUAUGAUAUAUUGAAAGAGGUUAUUUCUAACCCUUCUUGUUCAUGAUUGAUAGUGAACUUGAAGCACAUUCGGGGACAUAAGUCAUCAAUCAUGUGUAAGAUACACUUCACUUAGGAUUAUUGUCUAAAAUGUGUAUGUAUCUCAGGUUUAGAAUGUCGAUUUCGAUGGAAA